AGCACCAGCAGAGCAGAGCAUAUCAUCGUUACCCUGAUCACUAGGUUCAAUAUAUAGAAACAAUAAAAUAUUUUCUGUACAAAAUUUGGGGAUUUAAGUUUAUCCAAUCCAUACUGUAGCAAUAGUCAAAAUACAACUUCUACACAAAUCUAUGGAUGAUAUGGAUUUGUCUGGGACUCUCUAUGGAAUCAAAAAUCCGCUUCUUCAACCAAACGGCCCGAUGGUUUCCUGCCUACCUAGCAACCAAACUGAAACCGGGCACACUCCCUGCAAAUCCUAUAUAUAAUAACUGCUGCCUACAAAAUAACACCCAGCAACCACGUCUUGCUAUUUCCCACAACAUUCCAAUUUCUUACUCAUUCACCGCUUCAGCUGCUCGGUAUUAUAGUCAACUACUAUGGCAACCAGGAUGGGCUUUAGAUACGUAUCUCGCAGGAUCUUGACUAGUGGGACUGGGAAGAUACUCAGUGAGGAGGAAAGGGCUACAGAAAAUGUUUUCAUCAAGAAAAUGGAGCAAGAGAGAUUGGAGAAACUUGCUCGCAAGGGACCCAAACCAGAGAAGCCUGAUGCCGGUUCAGGGGGUAGUGUGACCGAUGCUAAACCUAGUAGCUCUACCUCAACAUCAGGAGCAUUUACUGAGAAAGUGUCAACUGACAGGAUGCAGGAACCUGCUGAAGAGUUGGCACUGAUCUUGGAUUCUAAACGAAAUCUCAUGUCCUUGAUGAAACAGAAGGUUAACCAAACCACUCAUCACACCGAAAAGAUACAUUAAACGAUUCACAAGUUCCAAACUGAACAGAUGCACAGUAAUUAUUCAAAGUAUCUUAGGCCCCAAAUGAUGUUAGAGUAUCAUUCAACGCCAUGCUUCAACACGUUCUAUCUUUGAAUCUAUGCAGCUUAAAUUGCUUAUUCCUUUGGUCUUCUCAUCAAGUUUGGUUAUCUGAGGUACAGAUUGCUGCCCGCUGAUUUUGUCAGUUUCCUUCUUGAGACUUGAAUUACUUGAUUGACCAAUAUUGUUCUCUCCAGUGUUAGCCACGGUACCAGGCCUCUGGCAGUUGGCUACGAUGGCAUCUGUUUCGCUCAUGAAGGUUUCAACCGCGGCUGCAGUCUCAUCUGAAUGAUCUGCGUCAGGGACUAGACCUUUGACAGUCGGUGUUGAACUGUGAUCUUCAUUUUUCAUCUCAUUGUUCAGACUAUAUUUCCUGAAACUUUCACUUAAAGGUUCUUCAGCUAUGAAGGACAGCUCUUUCUCUUCAUUAUCCUUUCCAGUAUCUUGAAUGCAGGAGAUUGAAGGGCUCUGAUCUCCAUUAUCAUCAAAAGGCUCCAAAUGGACGGCCGCAGCUGGCUCGACCACUGAAUCCUCUCUUUCUCGCAGGGUCCUUACGAUAAGUGUCUUGAGGAAGUUCAUCACUUGGACCGCAUACAUCAGUGCAUUCAAGGGAUCUGCCAUCUGCAACCAAAAUAAGCAAUAAGCGGCAGCCAGCAGUCAGCACAAUAUAUGCAAGUAUGCAUGUAUGUGUGUGAAGAUUAAAAGAAGCUCACCUGAGUCAUGUUUGGUGCAAAAACCAUAGCAAUAUUGCGUGCGUUCAUCUUGUUUAGAUGUUGUUGUUGAACGACAUCAGCCAUGAGAUUGAUGGCCCAAUCGAGUAGAGCAAAUUCUGUUGGGGGUAUAAAUCUUGCAAGCUCAGCACACUGCUCUUCAGUCUGGCAUUCCAUUACUUGCUCAGGAGAUAAAGAAUCCAAAACUCCUCUUGGAAGUUCUCUGAACCAAGCCUAAGCAUAAUCGACAGCAAAUUAGUAUAUUAGGGUUUGAAGAACAUGAAAGUAACUUCAAAAAGCAUAGCCAUUUCUCCUCAGAUGCAUGUGGAUUUGCAAGUGGGAUUGAAGUGCCAUUUUCGUACCUUGAUUAAUCCUGCCAAACAAUGUACGUCAAUACCUUCUGGAACCACUCCGCCAUUCAGUUGCUCUCUAACAUAUUCCUCCUGACUGUUUUCGGCAUUAAUUCGAAAAAUCCCUUCUGCCUGCAUGUAUGAAGUCUAUGGUAAGGACUUGGGGCUGAAAACUUAGAAACCUUCUUGAGAAUUUCCAGUCAUAUAGAUAAGAGAGAAUGUUGAAGAAUUGGAUGUCCUCCUAUGUUGAGCAAUAGCAAAGAGAAGAUGAAGUAUGAAAAUAAGAAAGAAAACCUGCAAGCCUCCUUGAGCAUACAGACGUCUUUGCAUUAGCAAAAGUAUUGUUGGAACGAUGUUCCCUCUGGAGUCAUACGACAACUGCAUGGAUUCUGUGGAAACUCCAAAAACAGUUGUACUGCAAAAAGAAGGAACAAAAACACGAAUUAAGAGAUAUGCUGAUCCCGGGUGUCUGUCUUUUUUUUUGGGGGGGGGGGGGUUUCCAUUCUCUACAUGCCAUGAAUGCCCUACAAGGCUACAUGAAGAAACACUAAAUGGAACUUCCAGUUUCAUAACAAUUGAAUUUGAAUAUUCAAUAUAUGGUGUGCAGAUAGAGUUUCCGCGCAGCAUCAGUGGAAUAUUGAACCCUUUUAACGCAUCAUACAAUCAAUUGUAAUUAGGCCCUUUUUUACCCCGAA